CAAGAUCAAAUAAUCUUUGCUUUCGAGGUCAUAAAUCCCAAUUUAUGUAAAAAUUAUGUAAUAAAUAUUUACACUUUGUUGACGAUGACGAUGCUUUUCAAGAAAUGUUGCUUUUUGUUACCGCUAAACUACGGAUGCUACAUCAUCGGCGUCCUCUUCUUGAGCUUCCACGUGGGCGAAUUGAUAACGCAUACGAACGACACGAUCUUCAUAAAGAACGUCUCCCAAAAGUCCUGGGGUGCUGUUGUCAUGGCCCCAAUCCUGAUGGCGGGAACCUUGGGGUCCGUACUGCUGAUCUAUGGCGCCGCCAAGCGCAAGAGAUGCUUCGUCCUGCUCUGGGUUAUAAUCUAUGUUAUUAUACUCCUGAUGUACAUCAUCCUGUAUAUAAUAUCUUUUGUAAAAUCCUCGCCACCGCCGAUAAUAAUCGCCGUCCAGUCGGUGAUCAUAAUUGGCCUGAUAUACUCGCUGUUGAUAGUGCAUUCAUUUUACAGGUACCUACGGACGGUGGAGCACGACGAUGCCAUUUGAAGUGACUGUCGUACUGUCAUUGUUUUCAUUUAAAUUAUACCAAGUGUCUAGUCAUAUUUCGUCAAAUAAAUUAUAUUCUUGUAA